AGCAAAGGAGGAGGAAAGGUCAAAACUGAUAUUUUAAGUUCUCUUUCGCUUUUUCUCGUGCUUCUUCUCAAAGAGCUUUGACAGCGCCACCGAAUUCUCUCGUUUUCUCUCCUCUCGCGAACAGUUUUAUUAAAAAAAAAAAAAAGUUUUUUAAUAUUUUAUGAAAAAUAAAAAAUAUAAAAGCGCCCUUUUCUUCCUUCUUCAAGAGCCUGGUUCCUCUUCUCUCUAACAGUGUUUGGAUUCUGAGAUUAGGGGUUUUUGGAUUGUGCAGAGAAAGGGAUUCUAGGGUUUUUUUCGAAUUUCUUCUCAGAGAGCUUUGACAGAGGUGUUAUUUUAUUAUUAGUAUUUUUUUUUUUGUAAAGGCUUUAUUGGGAACGAUAUGGUCAGAAAAGGGAGUUAGGGAUUCCUCGGCGUUGAAUCUGAGGGUGCAUUGUAUUGGUGAAGAGGAUAUACUUGAUUUUUAUUAUUGGGUCAAAAUUAUUGUUUCUUCUUUUCGCUUCUUAUUUAGGUUUGGAGUAAUGAGUUUGCUGUAUUGAGAUAAUUUAUUUGGAAAAAACUGACAUGGGUUCGUGCCAGAAUACGACUUUGGUUAGCGAACCUUUGCAUGAAGUUGCUGCUGCAGAGCAACAUUCGUGCUCAGAGUCAAGGCAAAACGUUAUGCUUGAGCAGCGGGAUUGCAUUGUAGUUGAUUCUAAUGGGGAUUGUGCCGGUGAACUGGGUGAAGAUGAAAAUACCGGUUGUGAAAGGUCUAAGGAUAUUGAUUUCAUCUCGCGAGAGGGCCAAGUGGUUGGUUUUGGUUUGAAAGAAUUGAUGGGUGAUCAAUGUUUUGACAGCACAGUUUGUUUGGAAGAAAAUCAGGGUGAAAUUGCUGCUGAUGUUUCUUGUUCAAAAGAAUUAAUGGGUGAUAUGCAUGGUGAUAGUGCAGUUUUUUUGGAAGAAAAUCAGGGUCAAAGUGUGGAUGGUUCUAGUUCAAAGGAAUUGAUGGGUGAUAGGUGCAGGAACAACACAGUUUACUCAAAUGGUUGUCAGGGUGAGAACAUGGAUGGUUCUUUUGCAGAGGAGCUGAUGAGUGAUAGGUGUGGUGAUAUUACAGUUUGUUCCAAUGAAAAUCAGAGUAAGCAUGUAGAUGGUGCUGCCUCAAAGGAAUUGAUUGGUGACAACAAUGGUGAUUGCAUGAUAUGCUUUAAUGAAAACCAGGAUGAGAAUGUGGAUGCUUCUGGUUCAAAGGAAAUAAUGGGUGAUAGGUGUGGUGAUACUGUCGUUUGUUUGAAUGAUAAUCAAGGUGAAAAUCUAGAUGGUUCUGGGUCAGAGAAAUUGAUGGGUGAUGGUGAUAGCAUGGGUUAUUCAAAUAAAAAUUUGUGUGAAAAUGUAGACCAUUCUGAUUCAAAGGAAUUGAUGGUUGAUAAGGAUGGUAAUCAAGUGGUUUGUUUAGACAAGAAUCAGGGUGCCAUUGAUAAAAAUGAUUCUGAAACUGAUAUGUUGUGCUUGAAAAACAAAGUAUCUUUGGUUGAGGGUGGUGCAGCUGCUCUGGAUGGAUCUUUAGGCUUGUCUCAGGAUGAAAGUACUGCUAGUUUGAGCAGUGGCAUGGAGAUUUCUAUAAACUGUGAAGAUCAGAUGAAAGACAAUGAUGAAAAUGUGGUUGGCUUGAUGUUACAAGAAUUUAUGGACAAAGAAGGUGGUUGUUUGACUGAGAAUCAGGGUAUAAUUGAUCAUCAUGACUCAGAAAAUGAUGCUUCACAGGAGGGUGAACUGCCAUCAGAACUGAAAAAGAUGACUUGUUGUCCCCGAAAUUGUGUUAAGCAGGAUAAGCGGAAGGAUGAUGAGAGGGUCAGUGGUUCCAUUAUGCAAGGGAUCAUGGAAGAUGUGGUAAGGAUGACAGGGACAGACGUUCUGAAACAAAUAUUGCCUUCACAGAAAUGUGAAGUGCCCUUUGAGUUAAUUAAUGUAACUGGUGAACACAGGAAUAAGGAUGAUCCAAGUAGAUGUUGUUCCUAUGUGGAAAUAGCUAUGGAAGAAAAACACGAGAUAUUAGCUGAGAUCGUGACUAAAUUUUGCAACCAAAUUCCAUCUAUUCAGGGUAGUAACUUUCCUUCAGAAUCAUUAGCCAUUGCUGGUUGCAGGAGUGAUUGUUCCCAAGAAAAUGACCUGAACGAUAGUAACAUUGUCAAAGGUCCUGCUCUGGAUGGGAAAAGUGGUGCUUCACCCUUAAUAGAAUCUGAUACGUGCAGCCAGCUAUCAGCUUCAUGUUGUGCUGAGACCAUUUCCAACUUACAACGUACAGGUGAUUCAGUGAGUAGUUGUGACUGGCAUAACCACAAAGAUGAUUUGAGUAGCAGUGAUCUCUCAUUGGAAUGUUUUACUAAGCAUGUGGAACCUAAAAGUAAUGAUGAUAUAUGCAUUGAGUUAUUGGCUUCACAGGGUUGCCUAGGUGCAUUGGAAAUCUUACAUAGGCCUGAAUCAUUGCGCACGUGGCAGAAUGCACAAUCUGACAAUAAGAAUGUUAGUGGUCCAUCAGGAGAUGGUGUUGCUGAGGUUUUUGAGGGGAGGAAUGAUGUUACUGCAGGUACAAUGGUUGAAGCUUCCAGUGAAAUAAUAAAUGCCAAAGAAAAUGCCUGCAACUCAAAGGGUGAUUCUUUUGAGCUAGGUGCAGGCUGUCUUUUUGAUAAAUCAGCUUCGUUGUCAUGUCGGCCCAUUGAUGUUGUUGAAAACCUGUCUGGGAGGUUGGAUCCACCGGAUCUUUUGACAAAGGAUACUUGUGCUGCAAUUAGUUCUAGCAGUUCAACUGACUGUUCCGGACAAAGAGAAAAUGAAGGAAAGGAUCUUGUCAAGGCCGAUUGUGUUUCAGAAACUAAACAUGAUACUACCACAUCUUCCUCUUCUCGAAGGGGCAGCCGGAAAAGUAAAUCGAGCAGAAAAAAUCCUGCAAAAAGGGCUGCUAGGAACUGCAGGAACACAAAGCUGCCACACCCACAUGAAAGUAUUGAAUUCCUUUUCAAAGCUUCAAGAAGGAAAAGAAGCUGUUCAUCCAAACCUGCUCGUUCUUCUAUCUGGGGAUUGCUCAGUAAUAUUACACAAUUUCUUGAGCCAUGUCCUGACCCUGUUUGUAAUGAAGUGCAGAAUCAAGAACCGUCCAAAGCUGGGGGUGGGCGAGGAAGUGGGAAACGAAGCAAAAAUCGGGCUGGUCAAAACAGCAGAAAGUCAAGUGGGCUAAGUAACACUUCAACCAGUUGUCUACGUUUGAAGAUUAAAGUGGGCAAGGAAGUUGCUCCAAGUAAUCUGAACACUGUGGUUGCAGAAGUGAUUGAUCCGUUAGUUUCUUUUGAUUCUUCUUUUAGUAAUUAUGGGAAGGAAACAAAUUUACAAUUUCCAAAAUUAGCCAAUGUUAUUGAAGAUAAAGUAGAACUGGGUAGUGAAAUGCUGUUUCAGUUCAAGGAGGACCAAGAAAAGGUGAAAGCAAGCUCAGAUGCUUCUAUUAUGGAUGUAAAACUAGCAAAUAAAGUUGUGGGGAGUGCUGAAAAUCUUGAAAAGUCUGCUGAAGUUGCUGCAAAUAAUUACUGUGUAAGUCAGUCUGAUGCUGUGGCUGAAGCAUCUGGAGAAGCAAUAGAACACAAGUAUAUGGAUCCUGGAACUUCACCAGAUUCAGAAGUAAUCAAUUCAAUUCCUGAUGCUCAAGUUGGUUUAAUACACCAAGAAGAGUCGCAUGAUACUGUUUUGAAUACUUCUGGAGCUAUUGCUUUUACUGGAGUUAUUAAGAGUAGCAAGGGUAGCAAGCAGGGAAAGAAGGAUAAUCAUAGUUCCCCUCGUGCAUCCAGCAUAAGGAGACCUAAAUCAUCAAAGAAUUGCAGAGGCAGGCAAAAAGCAACAGCUAAUGGAUUUGUCUCUAGCGACACUCUUACUUCAUCCACUGGUGCAAAUUCUUCAAGAGAGAAUGAGCCUGGAGUCUCCGAAGAGGCCAUGGAAGUGGAAAUUAAUAUGGAUGCUAAAGCAUGUUGCAAUCCUGAUGUUCCAGAUACAAAGAACACUAAGAAUUUGUCUUCCUCUAAACACAAGCGGAAUCAACUUUACAAAAGUUCAAAAUCUCAGGGAGUGAGCAAGGGAAAGUCCAGAAUCUCUGAUUCAGUGAAGAGCAGGAAAGGAAAUGCUUGUAAGCUGCAGGGAGAUGAGUUAAAGUCUGUUAGUAAGAGCAGCGUAAAGGAGAAAGGCUCUGAUGAAGAGAUUGUAGCUAAAGGAGGAAAGCACUCACUAACAGUUGAUGCUGCAGGAAAUCACAUUUUGGAUGAUACUGAGGGAUCAAAUACUGGCAACAGUAUUGCAUCUGUAGACAUGGCUAAUGUUGACUUGGUAGCUGCUGGUGUCAUGGAGCAGCAUACACAGCCUGAUGAUGCUUGGGUGCGUUGUGAUGAUUGUCAUAAAUGGCGGCGAAUACCAGUUGCACUUGUAAAGUCAAUUGAUGAGGCGUGCCGUUGGAUCUGUGGGGACAACAGGGAUAAAGCAUUUGCUGAUUGCUCAAUCCCUCAAGAGAAGUCCAAUGCAGAUAUUAAUACUGAGUUGGGCAUAUCAGAUGCUGAGGAAGAUGGUUGUGAUGGUUUCAAUAAUAAGGAACUGGAAAAGGGAUUUGAAAGUAAACGAAUGACAGUGCCACCACUGUCACAUUUUUGGCGUAUUGAUAGUAACCAAUUUUUGCACCGUGGCCGUAAAACUCAAACCAUUGAUGAGAUAAUGGUUUGCCAUUGCAAACGACCUCCAGACGGUAAGCUUGGCUGUGGAGAUGAAUGCCUAAACCGAAUGCUGAACAUUGAAUGUGUUCAAGGCACCUGUCCAUGCGGGGACCUUUGUUCAAAUCAACAGUUCCAGAAGCGCAAAUAUGCAAAGAUGAAGUGGGACAGAUUUGGUAAGAAAGGUUUUGGGCUGAGGAUACUUGAGAAUAUAUCUGCUGGCCAUUUCCUUAUUGAAUACGUUGGAGAGGUGCUUGAUAUGCAAUCUUAUGAGGCUCGACAAAAGGAGUAUGCUUCUAGGGGUCAGAGGCAUUUCUAUUUCAUGACAUUGAAUGGCAGUGAGGUUAUAGAUGCAUAUGUCAAAGGAAAUUUGGGGCGCUUCAUUAACCAUAGUUGUGAUCCCAAUUGUCGUACUGAAAAGUGGAUGGUGAAUGGAGAAAUUUGUAUUGGACUGUUUGCAGUGAGGGAUAUAAAGAAGGGUGAAGAGGUUACAUUUGACUACAACUAUGUGAGGGUAUUUGGAGCUGCUGCUAAAAAAUGUCAUUGUGGUUCACCUCAUUGUCGGGGUUAUAUAGGUGGAGAUCCACUUAGUGCCGAAGUAAUUGUUCAUGAUGAUUCAGAUGAAGAAUCUCCUGAACCUGAGAUGCUUGAAGAUGGUGAAACCUGGAAUGGUUCUGACAAAAUUAUAUCUGGAUCUAGUUCCUUUGAUGGUGCAGCGAUGCAAUCUGUGGGGAGUGUAAUAACUGGUGGUGUUAUAAAAUUGGAGAAUAAACCAGAAGCUGAGGACUCUGUGGAUCGUUCUGCUUUUGCCACAUCUAAAUUGAACAGUUCAGUUGAAACAGAAGAUUUUAAGGGAAAUUUCCAAGUAGCCAUUCAGCCAGAGGUUUUGCCUAUGACAGUUCCCUGUGAAGCUGUUCAGCCUGAUGGUACCACAGAACAGAAGGCUAUGAACAAAACCCCAUCUUCCAUUCAGAAAUUAGAUACUUCUCUAAAUGUGUCAGACAACAAAUUAUCUUCUGAUAUUGUUGAUGCUAAUAAAAAGUCAAAGUUUGAUACAGCAGAAGACAAACAGGUUCCUAGAAAAUCUCGCCCCAUGAUGAAGACUUGUCGUUCAUCCGGCUCUAUUAAGAAGGGGAAAAAUAGUAGUAAUUCUCUGAAUGGAAAUAAGGUUCAGAUAACAUCUAUCAAAUCUCAAGUGCCUUCUGUCAAACCCAAAAAAUUUUUGGAAAAUUCCAGUACUUGCCGCUUUGAAACAGUGGAGGAGAAACUUAAUGAAUUGCUGGAUUCUGAGGGGGGGAUAACAAAACGAAAGGAUGCUUCUAAGGGCUACUUGAAGCUUCUGCUUCUCACGGCAACUUCUGGUGAUAGUGGCAAUGGUGAAGCAAUUCAAAGCAAUCGAGAGCUUUCAAUGAUUCUUGAUGCACUUUUAAAAACAAAAUCACGACUUGUGCUGACCGAUAUAAUUAACAAGAAUGGUUUGCAGAUGCUACACAACAUAAUGAAGAAAUACAGAAGGGACUUCAAAAAGAUUCCGAUUCUUCGAAAGCUUCUAAAGGUUUUAGAGUAUUUAGCAAUGAGGGAGAUACUUACUCUGGAACAUAUAAAUGGAGGUCCUCCCUGUGCUGGAAGGGAGAGCUUUAGGGAGUCUAUACUGUCAUUCACAGAGCAUGAUGACAAACAGGUCCAUCAAAUUGCCCGAAAUUUUCGAGAUAGAUGGAUUCCAAAACCUGUCAGAAAACUUAGCUACAGGGACAAGGAUGAGGGCAGGAUGGAGUUUCACAGGGGUUUGGACUGUAACAAGGUUUCAGCAGCGCACAAUCAUUGGCGCGACCAGGCUAUAAGACCCACUGAGGCAAUUAGUUGUAUCAUGCAAACCACGGUUGCCACAACUUCAGUGGAUACUUCUGCCCGUGAGGGUUGCUCCUCAUCUUCCACAGGUGUUUCCCAAACCAAUGGCACCAAAAUUCGCAAGCGUAAAAGCCGUUGGGAUCAGCCGGCAGAUACAGAGAAAAUUGAUUCACCGUCACCAAAGAAACUUGAAUAUAGCCCAUUACCUGUUUUAGUUCAAUCAAUGCCAGAUCACACAGACAAGAUGAGUAGAGGGGAUAAAGAAUGUCCUGAAUUUGUUUGCAAAGGUGAAGCUAUUAAUUUUGACAAUGGAAGGAACAGUUUUCAGGACGAUGUUCCACCGGGGUUCUCAUCUCCUUCCAAUGCAUCUAUGGUUUCAUCUACUGCUCCAUCAACUGCUACUGAUUUCCCUCAACCAAAAUUUUCUCAGUUGAAGUAUUCUGAUAUGAUUGUGGCUCAUCCACAGAAGAGAUUCAUUUCCCGUUUGCCCGUCUCAUAUGGAAUUCCCUUGCACAUUUUGCAGCAGUUUGGAUCACCACAGGGUGAAAGUGUAGAGAGUUGGGUAAUUGUCCCUGGCAUGCCUUUCCACCCUUUUCCACCUUUACCUCCAUGUCCCCGUGAUAAGAAAGACACUCCACCUGCUUGUGCUGCUAACUCCAAUGGAAUUAAACAAGAUUUAGAAGAGCGACAAGACAGCCGUCAACCUGCCACUAGUUAUCUUGAUGAAAAUAUUCAUAGCGCAGCUGGUGGUAACCCACCAGAUACAGACAUUCCUGUUACUAACAUCCAACAGGCAUUUAAAAGAACGAGGGAAUCCUCGUAUGAUCUGGGUAAGAAGUACUUCAGACAGCAGAAACGAAAAGGGCCUCCCUGGCGUAAGUCUGAAUGCAUGGGAAACAACCAUAUAGGUGUGACAAGCUGCACUGAUGUAGUUAAUGUAAAAAAUGAGCUGAGAAAUUCUUAUUACUCAGAUGAUAUAACCUAUAGUGUUGGAGAAGGUCGCGGUGAUUUUUAUCAGCAACCACAGCACCCAAAUCAACAUUGAUUUAUAGGAAAUUUUUGUGAGAAGUACUGGAUUUUCUUUCAUAAAGUGUAUUCUCUUCAAUUCUUUGUUUCCUGGAUUUAAGUUCCAGUGGAAAUUUGUAAUUUUAUUCAAUUUCCGACUUGAAGUAAUCAAUCUCAGGUUCCAUGCGAGAAUGGUAACUGCCUUAUUGUUCAUGGAUGCCUCUUGCAAACUA